GAUAUCUCUAGAAUAAUGAAUAUCGGCGAUAAAUUCAUCUCUAAAUUAUUGGAUCCACAAUUACAAAGUGGAGACGUAUUCAGAGGUGAAAGAGUAUUUUCACCUAAUCCAAGAACUAUUUAUGGUGGUGAACUUAUGGCACAAGCAUUGAUGGCUGCCAGUAAAACUGUACCAGACGGCUACAGACCUAAUAGCCUACACUGUUACUUUCAUGAUCGAUCAAGUGUUUCAGAACCAAAUGAUUAUUAUGUUACCAAACUCCGUGAUGGACGUUCAUUUUGCCAUAGAUUAGUUGAAGCUUUCCCGAUAAAUAAAGACAAUGUCGUAACUCCUUACUUCCGCAUGGAUUGUUCGUUUAAAACUCCUGAAAAAGACCCAGCAUCUUUUUUGUCUUCUAUGCCAAAAGUUCCAUCGGUUGAAGAAAUUCAAGAUUUUAAUACUUAUUUAAAGUCACUUGAUCUCGAGAGUUUACCAGUGGUACCACGAGGUCGCAUACAACAGUUUCUGAAUUUUGAUGCUAAUUCGCCUAUUGAAACUAGAUUUUGUGAGCCAGAAUAUGUACUUGGCCUUAAGUCUAAUGUUGGCGGUCGAUUACAUUCUUGGAUGCGUUUAAAAGAAGCCCCAUCUAUCCCCUUGCACUCUUAUCGUGAUGCUAUGCUGGCGUAUUUAUCUGAUGCUCUUUUGUUAUGGGUUGCCCUAACUGAACCACAUCAUGUUCAUUAUUUGGUAACUUUAAAUCAAAGCAUAUGGUUUCACAAUCCAGAUAUAUGCCCUGAACCAAAUGAGUGGAUUCUUUUCGAAACACGAGCUAAUUACGUAGGUGGCGCCUUAACGCUUUCAUAUGGGGAAAUUUGGAACAAAGAAGGUCACCUUUUGGCAAGCAUGGCUCAGCAAGGCCUGAUGCGCACUCAACAGCUAAAACCAGUUUCGUCCUAUACAUCAAUGGGUGAACUUGCGAAACAACCACCGAAAUAAUUAUCCUGCAUUUUAUAGUUUUUUGAAAAAAUGGACUUAUCAUCUUCAUUAUCAGAAUCUCGAAUACACUGUGUUAACGUAUAUAUAUCUGUCAUUCCUUUUCAUCCUGGAAUAGAAAUCAUUCACCUGAAAUAUGUUUUAGUAAUACUUCAUUCACUAACUACUAUUUUGUGUAUUACUGGUUCUGUGAUUAUCUCAUCAGCAUAUCUGCGUUAUAUGUCAUAUUUGUUAUUUAUAAAUACAUGAUGCUUCAGCAUAACAUUGCUGCAAAUUUAUCUUUUAAUAAGACUAUACAUGCACUGCACUCACUUCAUGAUACA